AUGAGCAGCCACGAUGGAAUGGCUUCGCACGACCACAGUACGUGGUUCUCAUCGCAAACGGUCAAGCUGACCCCGCACUGCUGCAUCGAACACACCACUGAGAAGUCCUUCGUCCUCCGACUGCAGACACAUGAAGAACAAGCAGCGAGCAGUGGAGACACGCGCACAAGUGACAACCGCGCGACCCACGCGCUGCGUUUGACUCAAGAUGAAGAAUACGCGGGUGGCAGGUCCGAUAGUGACGUGAGCAAGACGUUGGCAGCGCUGUAUGCAGAGUCAGAACGCAAGAAACAGUGGCUGGACAGUGAGGAGAAGACGUUCCAAUGCGGUCAACAGCGACUGGGCAGUCUCCAGCGAGAGUAUGCGGCGCUCUUACGGACACUGGAGCAACGCAAGAGACGCCGGAAGGAGCGACUUUGUGUGCCAAAGUUGCUUCGAGGAGGACCUCGGAAUGAGAGUCGAGAACGUGAUUGUGACUGUGCAAACACUUAUAGCUAUGGCUGUAGUGAUAGUGACGACAGCAGUUGCAAGGACAAGCGACUGGCUCGACGCAGUUGCAGCAGCUGUACUCAAAGCUGUCGACCGCGACGUGAUGGAGCCAAGAGGGAGCGAGAACGACUGCGUCAAUUUCGGCGCGAAGUCUCGCUCCGCUUCCAGCUCCUCGAGUCGGAGUGUCGCGAAUCCACGCUCCAAAUGGAGAAAAUCGUCGCGGAUUUGCGGCGAGAAUACGCCGACUCGUGUCUCUUUGGCACGUCGUUGAAAUUCUAG